UCCUUUCCCACAGUCAACAGGAAGACUGAGCUGAGUCAGAGCGGAGACCAGACAGAGAGGAUCCAAACGCUCAGGAGACGGAGGACGUCUCAAAAGCUUCCAAUCCAGCACAAAAAAAACGAUACGUCUGAAAGAAGGAAAGAAAGAAGGAAUGAACAUAAGGAGUAAGAAUCACAGAGAGGUGGAGAAACUCCAGUUAACGUCUCCACACAACGUCGAAGUGGAGAAAUCAGACAAGAAAAGUUCCAAAUACAGGGAGGGGGAGCUUCCAAUGCAAACUACAAAGGAAAAGCAGAGGUUGUCUAGUAUGGCUGGGCAAGUAUCCAAGAGCUCAGCACAGCGACUUAGCCGAGACCUAACCUGUUCUAUCUGCCUGGACCUCUUCAAGCAGCCUGUCUCCCUGCCCUGCGACCACACCUUCUGCCAGGCAUGUAUCGCUGGCUUCUGGACGGGCCCCAGAGGCCAGGUCCAGGGGGGGUCCGGAUCCUGUCCCCAGUGCAGGAAGGUCUUCCCUGGCCAGAGCUACCGGCCCAACCGCAUCGUGGGUAACAUAGUGGAGAGCUACUGCCAGGGCCUGGAGGAGACAGAGGGGCUGCUGGGGGACAUGGGCGUACCAGAGAGGAGCCUUGCUCCUGCCCCGUGCUGUGGCCGGCACCGAGAGGAGCUGAAGCUCUACUGUGAGGAGGACCAAGAGCUGUUGUGUCUGGUGUGUGGACUCUCUCAGGAGCACCGGAACCACAACAUGGUGUGUGUCCAUGAGGCACAGCAGAGAUACAGGGCGUCUCUCAGCAGUUCCAUGGACUCUCUGAAAGGGGAGCUGAACACAGCCCUGCAGUGUGAGAGAGAGACUGAGGACGAGGUCAAGAAGCUCAAGGAGCACACGGCAGACCUGAAGCAGCGCAUCGAGGCCCAGUUCAGCGACCUGCACCAGUUUCUGUACCAGGAAGAGAAGCUGCUGCAGGUGAAGCUGAAGACAGAGGAGCGCAGGGAGCUGAUCAGGCUGGACGAACACAAGGCCCUGCUCUGUGUGGAGGUCUGCCGUCUGCAGAGGGCCCUGAAUGAGAUCGAGGACAAGCUGAGGGAACAGGACCCCUUUACAUUGCUGCGGAAUAUCAAGACCCUGGUCCAGAGGCCGACUCCCAAGUUUGAAAAGCCUACUCUCACGGCCCCCAGUCUGUGUGAGGGUCGGUUCGCAGGGCCCCUGCAGUACCGAGUGUGGAAAUCACUGAAAGGAAGCAUCUACCCAGUUCCGGCCGCCAUCACCUUGAAUUCGAGCACGGCCAACCCCUGGCUUAGCCUGACCUCGUCCCUCACCUGUGUCCGCUACCAGACCUUCAACCACUCUGUCCAGGACAACCCCAACCGCUUCAAUGCUGCAUUGUCCCUGUUGGGCAGUCAGGGCUUCACCUAUGGCCGCCACUACUGGGAGAUAGAGGUCUACAGCAGCACUGUGUGGACCGUGGGUGUGGCUAGAGAAACUGUAUCGAGGAAGGGAGUAAUCAAAGCCUUGCCGGCCAAUGGCUUUUGGACCCUGUCCCUGUCCUAUGGAAUACAGUACAUGGCCUGUACAUCGCCCCCUACUGUGCUUUCACUGGAGGAGCCUCUGGCUAGGAUAGGGGUAUAUCUGGAUUAUAAGAGGGGUCUGGUGUCUUUCUACAAUGCAGAGAGCAUGACUCAUCUCUAUACGUUCCGUGAAACCUUCACAGAGACGUUGUACCCCUACUUCAAUCUGGGAUUCCUGGAUAAAGUGCAUGAGAAUGAGCCCCUCAAAGUUUUCCUUCCCAAAAUCUGACAGAUGUGGCACUUAUCUAUUCCCCACAAAGCCUGAGGCCAUCCUUACACUGGUGUGGUGCUAAAAUACCCUCAGAAUCUAACUGUUAGAUUAUAAGCUAUAUAUAUUAUAUUAUAUUAUAUAUAUUAUAUAUAGCUAUUAUAUUGUUUGAGAUGUUAGAGACAGUAAGCAGGCCAACUGUAAAUAAUACAUUUUUCAAAUGUAAUCUUGAUGUGGGCCAGAGUUUCACCAUCAAGGUUUGUUAAAUGUAUGCGCAAUAACCUUUUGCAAUAUUACAGUGUAAAUUGUACGUGACUGGCGUAAACAGAAUGAUGAAUACAAAAUUGCCUUAUCGUGUACAAUGUAAAGGCAGUUCAAUAUUUUGAGACAUAAAUGGGCCAACUAUUUUAAUAAGUAAUCUUCAAUGCAUAAUAAUAAUAUUUUAGUGAAUUGUGGAUAUCAUCAGUAUUUCAAACGUUCACCUCACAAUACUGUACCAUUCAAAAUAAAUAAGAAUUUGUUUUGUGUC